AUGGUGAAGGCGGCGAAUGCAUUAGUGCUUGCCUUAAUUCUGAAGUUUCAUGCGUCAUGUAUUGGAUUAGCGAAUGCAGAUGUCGUAGGGGUAGGCCCCAAUGAGGUGGCAUUUUUGCACCAGGCCCAUGAGUAUCCCUCCCACCCUCAAGAAGGCGCGCCUCUAUGGACAGCUAAAGUGGGUGUCGCACACGCAGGCAGGGGAGAUUCCCCUCUUGUAGGCGUGAAUAGAUCUUCUCCAGCUGUACAGACGCCUCCCGAGGACCUCAUGGCUUCUCUAGAGUCCCACUCACCUCCCGAGGGAGCUUCCUCCCUUCCUGAGAGCUCUUUUGCGCGUCCGUCAGACUGCGCGAAAGGGGAGUGCCACCCGUUGGCAGCAGCCAAGAGCGUCUCCCAAACAACACUGGGAGAGCUUCGGGGCAUCUGGCCGCAUAUUCUGCUCGUUGCCGUUGAUAUCGAUGGUACUGUGAUCCUUGGGAAGCUGCCGCAGGAGAUUUCCAGGGAUUCUUUCGACCCCCACAAUGUGCUUUUUUCCGCGACGUUCCCGCCUCCCCCCGGCACUGCCAUUCCUCCUUGUGGAGACAGCACGGAGGCCCUCUUGAAGGCCAGCCGCACUCUGGGCCGUGAAGGAGACCCUGAAGGCUUCGCAGCAGCAGAAAAAGCCGCACUAAAGGCGUAUUCAGAGGGCUACAAGGCUGUUCUGUCCAGUUAUCCCUCGCUGGCAGCAGGCCUCCCACUGCAGGAAGCGGAGAUGCAUCAGUUGCUGGAUGAACUGGAUGCCUAUGAACGACGGAUGGCCUCAACUGAGAAUACGAGAAAGAUCCUCAAAGGACUCCACUUUAGUAAGCAAGAACAGAGACUCGCCGAUCUCCCACUUCCGCUAGACUUUCAGGGAGCCUCCCAAACGCUUUUGGCUGCGUCUGUGUUCUUAGGAGACAUUGACAGAUUUGCAAACUCUGCAGAAAGUCUCUUGCAGGUCCACAGGCCUGCGGCCCCAGAACUGAUGGCAAAGGGCAUUCCCGUGGCAUUCAUUUCGUUGGCUUGGAGCCGCCGCCUCGUCUUUCAAGCGCUCAGGCGGAUCCUCAGGAACGCUCUGCGCAAAGCCGCACCAGCAACGGCCAUCUCAGCUCCCUUCAACUACGUGGCCUUUGCAGACGCUACGGACCUGCUGGCGCAGCAGAGCGUUCCCAAGGAUUUGGCUGCGUCUACAAUGGCCAUGCUGGCAGCGGAGGGAGACGACCUUCUCCCAGAUAUGCCUCUGCUGGCUGUGGAUGCAAAUGAACUUCAAUUUGAUGCAGACGGCGUGUCCACGGGAGAGCUGAUUCAGCGAGUUGUCGCCUUUUCUGAUAAGCGCCGGGCCCUCCUAGAGCGACGGGCAUGGGCGUUCAUUACUAGGAAGGAGCUGCAACAGCGACGGAGUGCUCAUCACAGAACUGCCCCUGCUGAUGGCGAUGGGGAGACAGGAUCCGCUAAUGUGCCCCUAAACCCCAAGGAGGCAACUCCGCAGCUGACUGUCUUCAUCGGCGACUCGGACGGCGAUAUGGCAGGCUUCUUAUCUGCAGACAUACCGAUCUCCCUCGGCGUGCUCUCCAUUAAGGUGUGGAUUGUUGCCCUUGUUGCCCUCCGUUGCCAGCUGCUGAGAUGCUUGGAAAAAGGGGGCCACCCUGAGGCUCCAUCUGAGGCGCCCGUAGGAGUUCCCUCUAGUACGACAUUGCACCUUUUGGGGGAGUGUGCGGCUCUCAAGACCGAGAAGGCGGGAAGGAGUGGCAAACCGAAGGUGAUUUUUGAAGCGGAAAGCUGGCAGGAGAUUUACGCUUUGUUCUUUGGGAAAUGGCCCUCGGAGGAGUCCCUUAUUGAAUCUCCUCCGAGCUAA